GUAAAAUGACUAAAUCACCAUUUGUUGGACAAGUGGAGCGAGCUAAAGGUCUGUUGGAUUUGAUCCAUACAGAUGUUUGUGGACCACUAAAUGUUAGUGCCAAGGAGAACUACCACUACUUCAUAACUUUUAAUGAUGAUUAUUCACGGUAUGGUUAUGUAUACCUAUUAAGGUAUAAAUUUGAAGUACUUAAAAAGUUCAAAGAAUUCAGAAGUGAAGUGGAGAAACAAAUUGGUCGUAGUAUUAAAGUUUUUCGAUCGGAUCGAGGAGGUGAAUAUUUGACCAAUGAGUUUCUUGAUUAUUUACAAGAUAAUGGGAUUAUUUCACAGUUGACGCCUCCUGGAACUCCACAACUCAAUGGAGUUUCAGAAAGGAGGAAUCGAACAUUGUUGGAUAUGGUUCGAUCAAUGAUGAGUUCCACUAGUUUACCUCUUUCAUUCUGGGGCUAUGCCUUAGAAACAGCAGCACAUAUUUUGAACAGA